ACAAUCUUAGUGGUCCCAUGCCCCCACAACUUAUCGGUCUCUCAUCAUUAGCGAUCAUUCUAAACCUAUCUUGUAACCAUAUGAGUGGAAUUCUACCCACGGAAGUUGGCAAAUUGAAAGCUUUAACUGCAUUGGAUAUCUCGAACAAUUUGUUGGUUGGUGAAAUCCCAAGUAGUUUAGGUGAUUGCAUUGCAUUGACAUCGCUAAGGAUGGGAGGCAACUUCUUCCAUGGGUCCAUUCCUCAAUCAUUCAGAUGGUUAGGAGGUAUUGGAGAACUAGAUCUUUCACGAAACAAUUUAUCAGGCCAGAUUCCAGCAUUCCUAACAGUAUUUCAUUCCUUGAAACUUCUGAAUUUAUCAUACAAUAAGUUUGAAGGCAUGCUACCAUGUGAAGGAGUCUUUAAGAAUGCUACAGGUACUUCUAUUAUUGGGAACAAUGAGCUCUGCGGCGGAUUGCCAGAAUUUCACCUCCCCAUAUGCAUAUCCAAAAGCUCCAAGAGUAUAAAGAUCCAUAUGGUGAUAUUGUCCACUUCUGUUAUAUCCGGAGUUCUUGGGCUAGCUCUUAUUCUAGCUUUUAUAUAUCUUUGUUGGUUGAAGAAGAAAGUAAACGGAGAAGUUUCAUGUUCAAUGGAUAAUUCAUGUCCGAACGUAUCUUAUGGAACACUCUUAAAAGCUACUGACGGUUUUUCUCCAGUGAAUUUGAUUGGUAUUGGAAGCUUUGGUUCUGUUUACAAGGGGAUGCUUGAGGAAAAUCAAACCGCUAUUGUAGUGAAAGUGCUUCAUUUAGCCCAUCAUGGUGCUCUGAAGAGCUUCAUAGCCGAGUGUGAUGCAAUAAAAAAUAUAAAACAUCGAAAUCUUUUGAAGAUACUAACAGUUUGCUCAAGUAUUGAUUACCAAGGAAGUGAUUUUAAGGCGUUAGUUUAUGAAUUCAUGGAUAAUGGAAGCCUAGAAGAGUGGCUACACCCCAACGCAUCAUCAUCUCAUGGGAAUGAGCUUCCAAAAAGGUUGAAUUUUAUUCAGAGGAUAAAUAUUGCUAUUGGUGUUGCUUCUGCACUGGAUUAUCUUCAUCACCAGUGUCAUACCCCCAUUGUUCAUUGUGAUUUGAAGCCAAGCAAUAUCCUCUUAGAUGCUGAGAUGGUCGCACAUGUUGGCGACUUUGGGUUAGCAAAAUUCCUUGUUGGAUCAUCCCUUGAUUAUAUAGCCAAUCAAAUGAGCUCAGCUGGUCUAAGAGGGACAAUCGGUUAUGCUCCACCAGAAUAUGCAAUGGGAUGCGAGGUUUCAAGAGAAGGUGAUGUGUAUAGUUACGGCAUUCUCUUUUUGGAGAUGUUCACAGGGUUGAGUCCCAUCGACAACACCUUUAGAGAUAAUUUGACUCUUCAUAGUUAUGUUGCAAGAGCUUUGCCUGAACAAGUGCUUGAAAUUACGGACAACAUCCUACUUCAAGAAAGGAAGAGCCAUUUAGGCCCUUAUAGUCCUCCGCAUUGGCUUUCCAAAAGCGAUGGCAUAUUUCAAGAGUGUUUGCUUAUGGUAUAUAAUAUCGGAGUUGCUUGUUCCUACGAAGUUCCCGAAAGACGGAUGAGCAUAAGUGGCGUUGCAAAUAAGCUACAUCAAAUUAGAGAGAAACUCUUUGCCCUGGGUUUACAUGGACAAGGUGCACCACUAACAACUUAUAUUUAGCUGUCAUACAUUUAGUGUUGAAUACGCAAACGGAAGUGGACAGGUGAAAUCUAUAACAAAGAAUCAAUCAUUCUUUUUUCCCUAAGAUGAUAGUUGAUCGUUAUUCCCCUUCUGUAGCUAUACAUAUUUAAACCGACACAAGGCCUAUGGUGCACGCGCAUUCUUGAGUUCCGUUGGUUUACUUAAACCUCUAUUUUGCUGUCAUAGUAUUUUAAAAUGAAUCCAAAAUAAAUUGCCUUGCUUCUUCUUCUUUUUUUCGUUUCAUUUGUAUGAUGCUCGUUAAGAUGAAUUACAACCAAUUAGCUAUUCGAAAUCUUAUUUGAAGGAAAGCUUGGUUUCUACAGAUUGACUAGGAAUGGCUCGGUGUCGCUUUGAUUCGAAAUAAUCCAAUGCCGGGAAUUGAUCUCUGUCCCUAAAGAUAUGCUUAGUCAGGUAUAGGCAAAAGUGUUGCCCUGGUGGGUGAAUAAGGACGUACAGCUUUCGGAUUCAGCAUUCUAGCAUGUUGUAAUUUGAGGGCACCUAUCCGCGCUUGAUAUGUGUAGCAGGAAUCAUCCGAGAAUGCUUUAGUAGAAUUAUGUAACUUGUGUGUA